AUAACUAAAGCCACAACCAAAACCAGUCUCUCUCCCUCUCUCUCUCUCUCUCUCUCUCUCUCAAUCUCUAUGCCGUUUCACUUCUGACCUCUCGGAGACCUCUCUCUCCCACUUUAUCUCUCUAAAACUCUCUCUUGCUCUCUAACUUUCCGAUCUGAGAGGUAAAGUAAUUGUGGGGGGUUUUGAUUUAUAAAACUUCAUUUUUAAUUGAUAUUCCAAUGGCUGCUCCACCGGCAAGGGCUCGGGCCGAUUACGAUUACCUCAUAAAGCUCCUACUGAUCGGCGACAGCGGUGUUGGUAAGAGUUGCCUUCUUUUACGUUUCUCAGAUGGUUCCUUCACCACAAGUUUUAUCACCACCAUUGGUAUUGAUUUUAAGAUAAGAACCAUUGAGCUUGAUGGAAAACGGAUCAAACUACAAAUUUGGGACACAGCUGGUCAGGAGCGGUUCCGAACAAUCACAACUGCUUACUAUCGUGGAGCAAUGGGCAUUUUGCUGGUCUAUGAUGUGACUGAUGAAUCAUCUUUCAACAACAUUAGAAAUUGGAUUCGCAACAUUGAACAGCAUGCUUCAGAUAAUGUUAACAAGAUACUGGUUGGCAACAAGGCUGACAUGGAUGAAAGCAAGAGGGCUGUGCCUACCUCCAAGGGCCAAGCACUUGCUGAUGAGUAUGGUAUCAAAUUCUUUGAAACUAGUGCAAAGACAAAUCUAAAUGUGGAGCAAGUUUUCUUUUCGAUAGCAAGGGAUAUAAAGCAAAGACUUGCAGACACCGACUCGAGGGCCGAGCCUACAACCAUCAGGAUCAAUCAAGCAGAUCAAGGAGCUGGAGCUGGCCAAGCUACCCAAAAGUCGGCUUGCUGUGGCUCUUAAGAACACACUAAUAAUAAUGGAGGCGACACUUUUCUGGAAAAGGGAAAAAGGAAAACAAAAACUAAUGGUGAUAACAAUGUGAUUGGUGCUUGUAAUUUUUCUGACUCAUUCUUUUCAAACUUGUUUAGCGUGUGAAAGGUAGUUUCUUUAUUAUUUGAGUCCCCUUUUUUUUUUUUUAUUAUUUAUUUAUAUGGCCAACAUUGGAUGUGUAUCUUGUGGCAAACAAUAGAUUUAUUUGUUUUCUCGCC